GGUUGCUUAGCAGCGUGUGUUUCUCCUUAGCCUUGGCUGCGGCGGCCGAGGCCUGGCGAUGCCCAAGAACGCAGUGGUCAUCUUGCGGUAUGGGCCCUACAGCGCGGCAGGCCUGCCGGUGGAGCACCACACCUUCCGCCUGCAGGGCCUGCAAGCUGUGUUGGCCAGAGAUGGACACGAGGUAAUCCUAGAGAAGAUAGAAGACUGGAAUGUGGUGGAACUCAUGGUGAAUGAAGAAGUCGUCUUCCACUGCAACAUUAAGGACUUGGAGUUCGGAGGCGAUGGUAAACUAGACCCACUGUGUGAAAAGGCCAGGAUAGCGGUGCUGAACUCCUACUGAUCUCCUCGUGGAACAGGCAUCUCAAGUUGAUAGAACAGCAGCUGCCCCAGCCAUUCUAUGAUACAGGGAGAAGUGGCUGUGCUGCAGUGUGGACAUUGGGCUCUACUAGUCAGGCAGGGCAACUCGGGCCUGAUCUCCAGCUUACACAGCCUCAGGAAUCUCACCCGGCUGCACAGGAGCUCACAGAAAUAAUAAAAACCACAUCAUUUGUAACAUCUCUCAAUCCCAACCCAUAGGGAGAGCCCUCCAAUAUCAGGUACACAUUGAGCUGAAGGAAACAAUAAAAUGCAAUCAAAUAACAAGGUGCCAUUCCUGACUAAUAACACAUAGUUGCCAGAAGCAUCUGAGAUUCCAUUGUUUAGUACUCAAAUUGCUCAGAACAGGUAAAAUUAAAGAGAGGUUGGGGGAAGGGUGGGAAUAAAGGCUUUUGAAAGUCUGAACCAAAAGCAAAUGUUAAUAUUUGGAAACUUUGUUAUUCCUACAGAUUUAUUUCGACUCCUGAGGGAAUAAAUAUUUUAAAUUGCUGAUAUAAAAUUAGCUGAAAUCAAAUCUUCAGUUACUCUCAUCUAAAACAAGAAAAUGACCUGCCUUCUUUUGCAUUAAGAUUGUCUAAGGAGGGCACGAAAGAGUCCUUGGCAGAAUGUGAGAUGGUUCCCUGGUCCCUCUGGAGUAGAACACCGCCCCACAGAGUUAAAGAGGGUUUUCGCUAUGUUCAGUGUGAAAAUCAGUCUUGUCAAAAUGAUAUUUUUACUUUCUAGUCUUACGCACCAAUGUGUGAUAUACAUUCUUAACUAUACAGUAACGGAGAGGGAGAAAUGCAGAUACUGAUCGAAAGACGUCAAAUGGGAGGUCAUGGUAAGAAGGCCUCACACCUAUGAGAGAAAAUCAGAUUCCCUAACAGAAGACUCUGGACCCAGGGCACCUGUGCUGAAGGAGCAGGGCCUUCAGGAUCGCUCAGAGAGCUGCAGCCUUGCCCCCUCUGAGAGCAGUCCUAACCAUUGCCCCAGGCAACCUCAAACCCUCCUGCACCCCAGAACUUCAAAGGCCACCGGGGACCAUAAAACUGCUUUCACAUGUUCUUUCUCACACAGGACAAAGUAGGGGAUAUAAUUUUUAAAACCCCAGCCCAAGCUUCACUUGUCAGCGUUGAUUCAGGGAUUGUGAAUCACUUAGAACUCUAUGGAACUAUUUAAGCAUCUCCUUACUGAGAAACUGGGGCUCAAAAAAGAUUCUUCCUCCCAGUAUCUGGUGCCGGUUUUCACAUAUCUUUUGUAACCCUAGAUUUAGUCCCUUUUUGUCAAAGACCAGUUUAAGUUACUAUAGAUGUAGCAUUCAAUCUUUGUUUCAAUAUAACAUUUUGCUACAAGAGAAAUCCAUUCUCAUUAAAGAAAAAUGGAAAAAUACAGGUAAAAAUAAAGUAUAACUUUAGUAACA